GAGGGCCACUCUGUCAGUGCUGCUGUGACAUGUGACCUCUCCCACUCGCUCUCUCUCAACGCUGCCACAUCGCACCGGCUCUGCUCUGCCUCGUGGCUCUACAUGCGGGUGACGGCACACAGAAGGGAACCCAAGCGAACAAGACUCUUGCUGCAGUGGGUACACCGACCAUCCCCUUGCCACACCUUCUCUCCGCUCCUCUCACUUUCGCCAUCUCGCCCCGCUCAAGCUGUUGUGACGUGGAAAGCACAGAGCCCGCCUGUUCCAGGCACUACUCCCCAUUCGCUACAGCUGCGGCUCUUUGUGUCACGCCACGGUCCGAUGGCUCUUCGGCUCAAUGCAGCUGUGGGCCAUGGGUUCGCAGAAGCGGAUGCAAGUGAAGGCCAAACUCUAGAGGUUUAACUCUAGAUUCUUACGUUUUUUUCUGGGGUAUAGUGCUUGCAUUCAUGGUACUUUAAAUGGUCAAGUGAUGUAAAAUGUAGUUGAAGGAUCUUAUAACGAACAGU